AUGUCCAAAAUGGAAAUCUCAUCUCACCGUCGUCAAUCCAGUGAAGCCAAUCUCGUCGGAUGUCAUCCACGAACGGUACGCCGAAUCCGCUCGAAGCUGCGCACCUUUGGAACCACAGAGACUCCGACAAAUACCCCCGGCCGCCCCAAGUCGAUAACGCCUCCUAUGCUGAGCGCCCUGCGCGGCAACCUCGCUGUUGACCCAUGUCUGACUCUGAAUCACAUGGCUGCCUUCCUUCGAAAAUACUACGAAGCCGAUGUGUCGCGCUUCAGCAUUAGCAGGGCCUUGAGGAGGGAUAAAUGGUCUCAGAAAGCCACACAGAAUGUCGCUCAAGAGCGUAACCUGGACCUGCGAGACGAAUACAUGCACCAGAUCUCGCAGUACCGAUCCGAGCAGUUGGUGUUCGUGGACGAGUCCGGCAUAGACAAGAGCAUCGGUAUACGCCGUCGAGGCUGGGCUCCUCGAGGGAAGCGGCCACGUCAAAUCAAGCGAUUUCACCGCGGUCGGAGGUACCAGACCCUGCCGGCGUAUACUCAGGAUGGGGUGAUACACUUUCGGGUGUAUGAAGGAUCGACGGAUGCGAAAGUUUUCGAGAGUUUUAUCGAGAUACUCCUACUACACUGUAGUCGCUGGCCCGAGCCCCGGUCUGUGUUGAUCAUGGACAAUGCCUCUUUCCAUCACUCGGACCGCAUACGGGAGAUGUGCGCGGCAGCGGGAGUAGUGCUGCUGUACUCGGCACCCUAUUCGCCAGACAUCAUUCUCAUUGAGCAUUAUUUUGGCGAGUUGAAGAACUUCAUCCGACAGGUCUGGAACGAACAUCAAGGAUUCAUACGGGCUGAUUUCCAAUCGUUUCUGGAGGAAUGUGUGACGAUCGUCGGCCAGCGGAAGAAAAGUGCCAGGGGCCAUUUCCACAACUGUUCGAUCUCCAUUGACGACCCGCUGGACUAA